AUGAUACAUCCUGGUUCAUCUAUUAGUAAAGCUAAGCAAUCAAAAGUCCCUGCUCCAGGAGGAGGAAGAUUAGCAGUAAAAUUAGUUGAGUAAAAAUAUUCCAACACUUGA